CAAAGAGCCGCUCAGAAUGAGGAUCCAGGAGACGUCGCCUCAGAUUUAUUCACAACUUCAGUUUCUUAAAACUUAAACUUGUUGUUUCUUGAUUUUAUUCUGUUAGUAUACAUACAUUAGUAUAUAUAUAUAUAUGUUGAUAUAUGUAAUCAUAAUAUAAAACAAAAUACAAAAUUCACACACACAAAAUUCAAUACAAAAAAUACAAACAAAAAAUCUCAAACAUGAAUAAAAAUGAGCAGAAAGAGGAAAACUCUUCUAGAGUCUGAACCUCCAAAACUGAAACUCUUCUGCAGGUUUAAAUCCAUCAAAAGCCAAAUGUGUCCGUUUGUAUUUCCCUGUUUUUAUUUUCCUCUUUUAAUUUCCCGUUUUUAUUUUCCCUGUUUUUAUUUUCCUGUUUUUUGUUUUCCUUUUUUAAUUUCCUGUUUUUAUUUUCCUGUUUUUAUUUUUCCUGUUUUUAUUUUUCCAGUUUUUAUUUUCCUGUUUUUUAUUUUCCUUUUUUAUAUUCCUGUUUUUUUAUUUUCCUUUUUUAAUUUUCAUGUUUUUAUUUUUCCUGUUUAUAUUUUCCUGUUUUUAGCGUCAGUCAGAUUCAAACCUGCCGAUUGUUUUGACGGUUGACGGUCUUUUGUCUCCUCCCCUUUCUUUCAGGUGUAAGGCUGUGAUUGACAGCAGAGGACAGCGAAUCACCUGCAGCCACUUUGUGAUGGAGGACAGUUAUGUUGGAGUGGACCGCAAGAAGGUGGACACACCCACCAGGUCAGUACGCACCAAUCAACAGCAGCCACCUUAAAUCCUCAAGGAACCAUCGAACAGUUCCAACAGUUCCAACAGUUUCCUUUAACCACCUCAAGACUGAAGGGACCGGGGAGGGUCUCAGUUUCUCUGUGAAUAUCAGAGUCUCAGUUUCUUUGUAAAUAUCAGUCUCAUUUUGACUUGAAAUACCUGAUAUUGACCUUUAACCUGAUAUUGACCCGUCUCUGUCUGUGUCCUCAGGUUCCUGUCCAGAGCUGUAUUGAUCACUGACAGCUCCGUCCUUCCCUCGGACUCGGACCAACAGGUAAAUAUCUGACCUCUAUAGUUCUGUUAGCGUCUCACUCUGUUACAGACGUUGAUCCUCACCUGAACGUCAGACGGUUUGAUAAGUGUUUUAGAGUGAGACUGGGGUCAGAGGUCACAGUGUCCUCAGUCCAGAGGAAUUAUGGGAAUGAUUUUCACGAAAAAGGAAAAAGAGUCAAAGUCAGAAAGAGAGAAAAUCCUGGAUUCAUCCGUCUGAACACACUCAGUCCUGACUAAUUAGAGAGGAGUUAAAUAUUGAAAUAUUGAAUGAGGUUUGGUCAGACAGUCUUCAGCUCUGUGUGUGUGUGUGUGUGUGUGUUAAUGAGUGUGUGUUGGCCUGCAGUGCUCAGUAAUAAGAUGAAGUUAAUCUGGUAUUAAACACUCUGAGGAGGUUUUCUAUUAAAGAGUCUGUCUGUUUGAACUCACCUCAAACUUUUACCUGUCUGUCUGUCUGUCUGUCUGUCUGUCUGUCUGUCUGUCUGAAUGGUCAGGUCUCCUUGGUAACGGUUCCUCCAAUAGCAGCAGGGCGUCCGGCGGUGAGGAUGGUGGAGCUGUGUUCGUCCAGUAUGACCUGCAUGCCGGGAACAUGUAAGACCCGAUCACUGUAAAACACGAUCUGAUUGGACGAAAUACAGACAUAGACAGAGAGAGUAAAUACAGACUAACUACAGACCGUAUACAGGCUUCAGAGUCAGAUUAUAUAUACAGUCUAUAGGCAGUCUAUGUACAGACUUAAUGCAGAGUAUAAAGACUUUGUACAGUCUCUUAUAGACUAUAUACAGGCUAACUACAAGAUACAGACUAUAUAUAUAUAUAUAUAUAUAUAUAUAUAUAUGUGUAUUUAUAUAUGUAUAAAUAUAUAUAUGGAAAUUUAUAUAUAUAUAUAUAUAUAUAUAUACACAUAUAAUAUAUAUAUAUAUAUAUAUAUAUAUAUAUACACAUAUACAAUAUAUAUAUAUAUAUAUAUAUAUGUAAAUUUAUAUAUAUAUAUAUAUAUAUAUAUAUAUGUGUAUUUAUAUAUGUAUAAAUAUAUAUAUGUAAAUUUAUAUAUAUAUAUAUAUAUAUAUAUACACAUAUACAAUAUAUAUAUAUAUAUAUAUAUAUAACAUAUACAUAUAUAUAUAUAUAUAUAUAUAUAUAUAUAUAUAUAUAUAUAUAUAUAUAUAUAUAUAUAUAUAUAUAUAUAUAUAUAUAUAUAUAUAUAUAUAUAUAUAUAUAUACAGACUACAUUCAGAGUACAGACAGUCUUUAUUUAGUGUCUGUCUGUUUCUUUUGUUUUAAUUUGAACGUCUCUCUCUUCAGGCUCUUAGAUGAAGGUUUUACAGGUUGUUGGGCUGAGGGGUCAUUGAAUGAAUCCUUGAAUAAGUCCUUGGAUAAGUCCUUGAGGUCCUUGAGAAUACUGUGGCGUCCUUAUUUCCAUAAAGCUGUUGGUUUACUAAAGAAU